CUGGGUAAGGGGCUGGGCAGGAGACACCCCCGAGGCGGGGUUCUCGGUGGCUGAGGAGCCCAGAAGGGGUCCCCCUCGCCCCGGUAGCGCCGCCUCCGCUGCUCAGCUCCCGGCGCUCAGGAGCUGGGCUGGAGUGGAGGGAGGGCUGGAGAGAGGGGGGAGGCGGCUGGUUGCUACGUGAUUCCUUUGUCGCUGCGGCGCCCUUGCCCGGCUCAGCCCCAGAGCGCGAGCCGGAGCGGAGCAGCCAGCGAGGGGCACCGGCGCCGCGUCCCCCUGAGCCCAGCGUGGGCAGCCAGCGGCAGCGCGUCCCCCUGCGCCGGCCGGGGAGAGGCGCGGGCGCCAUGGGGUCCCCCAGCCUCAGCCGCUCCUCGCAGUCCCUGCACCGGCUGUAAGGCGGCGGCGGCGGCGGCGCGGCGCCCUCUCCUGCACCCUCCCCCAGGGCCCGGGGGCCAUGGCCAGCGGAGCUCCGUGAGCCGUGGGACUCCCGGGCGCUUCUGGAAGCAGGGAGCGGCAUUGAUGUGUGAGCCCCACAAAUGGCUCUCGGUGAGGAGGGGGCUGAUCAGAGGUGUGAGCAUCCCGGGCAGCUGGGGGACCUGUUUGCCGCCUCUCUGCCUUGGGCAGCUGGCAGAGCCCUAGGAUGCCCUGAUCGGCGGAGCUCCCAGCCACCUACCAGCCAAGGGGCCAUCUCCAGGGCUGUCAUGCUGAUUGGGGUGAUCCUAGCCCUUUUCCAGAGUGUCCAGGCUGAACAGGGUACCAAGCAACACCAAACAAAUGUUGCCCCCUCUACAGAGUCUCUUGCUAACUGGAGAUCUAUAUUUUCACCAACAUGGCCUUCAACAGAAAUUAAGUCUUCCUCAAUGGCUGACAUGUCAAUGAGACAAACAUUGGAGAAUGCAAACUUGCUUCAGAUAAUAAAAACAACACUGACUGGCGCCAGAACUAUGGAUCAAACUAAUUUUUCACCCACCCUUUACCAAGGCAGUGGAAAUAGUGCAUCCCAGGAGCCUUCCGAAGUUUCAGCUGAAUCACCAGUGAGGUCAUCAUCUCAAGAUGUAGAUGAAACAGCUAUUGUAUCAGGUUUGCCUCAAAUCAAUAUGUUUGCCACAUUGUCCACAAAGCCAUCAAUGACACAUUCAAGUACUGCUGUGCCAUCUCAGCUAACAUCAUUAGCAACUGUUCCAUCACCAUCAUUUUCUUCAUUGGUAAUACAAUCACCUCAUACCAUUAUCUUUUCUAAGUUGACUGUACUACCCACCAAAGUGCCUUUAUCCACAGAUACUGAAAGUUCCUUCCACAUAGAUUCAACUGACUCUCAUUUUAGUGCAAGCAGAGAUAAUCCACCAAGCACAGUCACUGCUGUAAAUUCCAGUAUAGUGAAUCACACAUUAUCCAGAAGGGGUCCCAAAGAGGUCACAGGUACCACAUCACUUAAUAGCUUUGGAUCAACAAUGAUACAUUCCACAAAGACAAUGGGAAGAGUGUCACCCUCAGAAAGUACGUCCCUACUAUCUGCACACUCUCCUACUUCUCUGUCAGUAAUAUCCUCUCAGUCUUUCCUACCAAUAGCUUCUGAAACGGUGUCAUGGCUUCCUACUGAAAGAACUUCAUUGUCUCACUCAACAGAUAACGUGUCUUCUUCUGGAGCAAUACCCACCAAUCUGCCAUUCAAGGCAGUGGUGACUGACAGAGAGAAUGUCGUCAGCCCAGCUGCAUCAUCACCAGCUUUUAAUAGUAAAUCAGAGAUUCCAAUGGUUAGUACUUCAUUCUUUCAUACCGUGGGCACUAUAUCUGCAUUACCAAAAGUGACAAGUCAUCAGUCUUCCACAUCAACUAAUGACAUGUCGGGUUCUACCAAGGCAAUAUUUUUAUCACCAGCUUCUAAUAGCCCAAUGGGAGUCUCCCAUUCAACAGAAAAUAGGUCUUCCUUUACUGUGCCAAGAACAUUUAUUCCAGAUGCAAUAAGCACUAGCAAUGCAGUAGUUCCACCACCAGCACCUACAAGUAUAUCAGACUUUCUUUUCAGAAAAACCACACUUCCUUAUUCAACAGAUAAAGAAUCUUCCUUAAUAACUGUGACAAAUCAUACUUUUAAUAUUAUAGCACAUACUAGCAAUGCAACAAACUCAACACCAGCCUAUGAGAACACUUCUACAUUCCCUCUAAUAAAUAUUUCGUCCCUUCCCUCAACAGUGUCAAUCAGUCAAGUUUUUGGAAAAGAGGCAAUUGAUACAGUUUAUGAAGCCAACACAGUGAUAUUAUCAAGUGAUUUUGAACAUACUUUGCAACCUUUUGAUGGCUCUUCAGUUAGAGAGGCAUCCCAUCAGUCUUUCGAAACAGGUAGUACAGCCAAAGUGUACACUAACAUACACGCUAACAACGUCCUUUCUUAUGGAUCUCAACGUUCCAGAGUUUCUCCAGAAACUCGAGCCAGCAAACAUACAACAGGAACAAUGCUGCGUGAAAGUAUUUUGAAAACAGAAAUCAUCGGUUCUGUUACUACAUCUGCAGUAUCAUUACCCACUCCCAAUACAGGCCUUUCAAAAUCUGUGUUCACUAUUAAAGAUACACCUGCUAUUCAUAAUUCUACAACUUCACAGCUUUCAGCUAUUAAUGGAGAAAGUCCAACUGUAGACUUAACAGAAAAUGAAGAAACAAAUACAGGAGCAUUCACCAUUGUCACUCCACAUAUAGAAUAUGCCCCUCUACCAGCUUUAAAUAAACCUGAUUUUUCCACUGAUCAAGUUUCAAUCACAGAUGAUACAAAACCAUGGACCACUAUUGUGCCUUCAGAAUUAUAUGCAUUUCCAUCAUUUGUUCCAGCAACAGAAGCCCCAUACAGCCCAUCAUCAGCUUUCUCUAGUAUUUCAAAUGCUGCCUCUGAAAGCAGUUUAGAUACUACAAAGAUACCUAUAAUUACUGUUUCAGCUUCUGAAUGGAGUACUACGUCCGAGCUUACUUCAGCUGGUGUUAGAGUUCUGUCAGUAAAAGAAACAACCAACAUUCCAAUAAUAGAAGUUUCUCCAAGCACUUCUUCAUUAGAAACUGGGUAUCACACCCCAUAUUCAACAAUUUCAGGUCUGCAACCGCAAAUAAAUGAUGUUACAAACAAACAAACUGCUUCUAUCUCUGUAACUUUAGAAACAUCUACAUCUGCAACAUCUAAUCAAAAUGUUUCAACUUCACCUUUGACUGAAAUUAAGUCUCCUAAUUUCACACAAUUUAACAUACGUUCAUCUGCCCUGGAAAUGUCUAGUGUUCAGUAUUCGUCCCAUGCUACCACUACAGCACUACCUGCAGCACAGUCAAAAAAAGAUACUGACACAAUUCAAAAUGUUACUGAAUUCUUCACUCUCAGGGACACUAACUUCACUGAAAACUUUGAAAUAUCCCCCCAUCUGUAUUUGCCUACAGUGAAGGAUUUUGCAGCUGAUGAUACAAGUACUGCUUCUAGCACUCUGAAAUCUCAGACAACCCAUGGUGAAAAUGUCUCUUCAUCAACAAAAGCCUUAUACACAACACAAUCUGAGAUACCAUUGGCUUCUCAAUUCACUGACAAUUUGAUUGUCUCAGCUAAUAAUGAAAUUAGUUCUAUCAGUGGUACACAACCAACAAUUUCUUCCUUUCCAGUAGCCAAACAAUCUUCAAGUUCAACACCGAUAUCUAUUCUAACUACAAAAAAAUACAUGACUUCUGGAAAUUUGACAGACUUUACAAACAGCUCUGUUUCAGAACCACCUAGUCACUUGACUAGCGUUAUUCAAAAACAAGCUACGUUUAGUACAGAGACAUGGCACGCAAAUGGUACAGGUGAUAUUCUAAUUACAGUUGCUGUACCUAAUGAAUCUACCAGUGGCACCCCAUCGCAAACACAUACCACCAAUGCUUUGCAGUCAGUCAUCAUAACUUCUGUCCAUGCAUCGCCAACACAAAUAACCUCUGCUUUUUUGCCAACAACCAACUUUACCCAUUCUGUCAUUACAGUGCUACCUUCAGUGUCGGCGGGUGCAAUACCUACAGUAGCAACUUCAGAAGCAAAAUCAGUAACAGGAAAAUCUGCGCCAACUUCGUCCUUUUUUUCUCUAGGCACUGAAAAUGCACCCUUGCUGUCUGUGACAGCAUUAAGCACAUUGAUAUCAACACUAGCAAAAAAUAACAGUGCCUCAAAAAUGACAUCGACAGUACUAGCACAUACAAACUUUCCGUUUGCACCAAGACACACACCUACAUCACCCCCCCACACCACUGUUAUGUUUCUAACCAAUAAAGUUAGCACAGUCACAGCUUCCACACUGACAUCCACAACACACACACAAAGACAGAUAGAAACCACAGUACCUGACACCAAGAAAUUCACAAGCUCAGAAAUCACCAAAACAUCAACUGCAUAUCCACUGACAAUUACAGCAGCUUUGACAUCUAUUACAGCAUCAGCGAAAACAACUAGGCUCCCCCCUGCUCCAGUGGAAAACAAUUCUGCUGCUCCUACAACUGCAAUUGCAACUUUCGCUAAUGUGACAACAGUUCCCCCUCCGGAAUGCCAGCUGUCCAGUAACCUUAUGGUUAAAUCAGUUCUGUUCCUGAACACAAGAAGGCUGCUGAUCAGCAAUUCCUUAAAAGAGAAUGUGACAAAAGGACUCACCCAAGCAUUGAGACAAGCUUUCAACCAAAAUGUCAACGCUCAAGUUGAAAUUCUGGAACAAUCAAACAACGUGACAGUUGGUUACUACGUUACGAAGGGGAGGUUGGUUUUUAUACCUGCUGUUGUUAUUGAAAUGCUCAUUGCUUAUGGUAUUAGCAACACCACAGCGGACAUAAAGCAGCAUGUGCCAAAUCUUCAGUCUGUUGCUGUACUGGCCUUACCAUGGAAUCCAUUACCUGCAUACCAUUUCCAACUGAAAACAGAGCUGCAGUUUGUUGGUCAAGCAGACAACAUACAGUCAUGCAAGUUUGUUCAGACCAUGGAGCAACGGUUACGAAAAGCAUUCGAGGAUGCUGAAAGAAAGGUCUUAAAUACUAGCAACAACUUAACAGUUCAGAUUUUGAACACAUCAAAUGUCUCCCAAGCUGUCACUUUGUUUUAUGUGGUGAGCAAUCAAAGUACAGCCCUAAAUGGCACCAUCUCCAGCUACCUUCUUAAUCAGCUUUCAGCUGAGCUGGUGGGAUUCUAUCUUACCUAUCCGCCACUGACCAUUGCAGAAUCUUUGGAGUAUCCAAACCUCGAUGUCUCAGAAACUACUAGAGACUACUGGGUGAUUACAGUUAUACAAGGGGUCGACAUUACAUUACUGGGACUUAACAACCAAAGCUUUGCAAGACUAAUGGAGCAGCGGCUGGCCCCACUGUUCGUGAUGUCCCAUCAACAAGGAAGGCGAUUUAAACGCGCUACUACUGUGGGCAGCUACACUGUGCAGAUGGUAAAAAUGCAGCGUAUUCCAGGACCCAAGGAGCCCGCUGAACUGACUUACUAUACAUUAUACAACAGGAAACCUCUGCUGGGAACUGUAGCUGCCAAAAUGUUGAGUACUGUUGAUUCUCAAAGGAUGGCCUUGACGUUAGGUUAUGUCAUCCAAGUACAAGCUGAUCCUGUGGUGAAAAACCCACCAAACAACCUGUGGAUCAUUGCAGCAGUGCUGGCUCCCAUUGCUGUGGUUACGGUUAUCAUCAUCAUCAUCACAGCAGUUCUGUGCAGGAAGAACAAGAAUGAUUUCAAACCAGACACCAUGAUGAACCUGCCUCAGAGAGCUAAACCAGUACAAGGCUUUGACUAUGCCAAGCAGCAUUUAGGUCAGCAGGGAGCUGAAGAUGAGGUUUUACCUGUGACUCAGGAGACUGUAGUGCUACCACUUCCAGUUAGAGAUGCUCCUGCCUCCCAGGAGAGAGAAAUUGCUCAGGAUGGGAGCACCAUUAAAACUGCCAAGUCCAAUGAAACAAGAAAAAGCAGGUCGCCUAGUCAGAAUGGUUCUGUCAUCAGCAACGAAUCAGAAAAGCCCAGUUCAGGCAGAAGCUCUUCACAGAAAGUAAUGGUACAGCAGAAAAUGACAAAAGAUGAGGGAAGAAAGAGAAAUGUACCCCUUAGUGAUGAAGAGGAGGGAGGCAUUCUCUUUGAGAACAUCGCCAAGUCUGCCAUUGAUCCCUUUGACACAUCUUCUGGAUCUGUACAGCUGAUUGCUAUCAAACCUGUAGCAUUGCCUCCCGCUCACCCCGCAUCAGACAGGAGCCAGGAAUCUGCUAUCAUUAAUGGAGAGGUAAACAAAGCCUUGAAGCAGAAGUCCGAUAUAGAGCACUAUCGCAACAAGCUGCGCUUGAAAGCCAAGAGAAAAGGAUACUAUGAUUUCCCCCAGAUUGACAACAACAGAGGGCUGACAGAAAGAAAAAAGAUAUACGAGAAAGCACAAAAGGAAAUAGACCAUGUUUUGGAACCAGAGGCAGAUGUAUCUUCUCCAUUUGCAGAGCCUAAGAACAGGCAGCAGACAAAGAACUCUGUGUACAGAAGCAGACAGUCUCUGAACAGCCCUAGCCCAGGAGAAACCGAGAUGGAUCUUUUAGUUACCCGGGAGAGACCAAGGCGUGGGAUCCGCAACAGUGGAUAUGAUACAGAACCUGAAAUGAUAGAAGAAACAAAUGUUGACCGUGUCAAUGAACCUCGAAGUUAUACCAGAUCCCGUCAGGCUAAAGGCCAUUCUGAGACAUCAACUUUAAGUUCUCAGCCUUCCAUUGAUGAAGUUAGACAACAGAUGCAUAUGCUAUUGGAAGAGGCAUUUAGUCUGGCAUCUGCAGGCCAUGGAGGGCAGAACAGACAAGAUGCUCACAGUUCAGCACAACACUUACCAUACUCUGAAGUGGUGACCAGUGCUCCUGGUACCAUGACCCGACCCAGAGGGGGAGUACAGUGGGUGCCAACAUAUAGACCAGAAAUGUAUCAGUAUAGCUUACCAAGACCAGCAUAUAGGUUUUCUCAGCUUCCUGAAAUGGUAAUGGGCUCUCCCCCGCCCCCGGUUCCUCCCAGAACAGGUCCUGUGGCUGUGGCAUCUCUCAGGAGGUCGACAUCAGAUAUUGGCAGCAAGACAAGAAUAUCUGAAUCCAGUGGGACAGAGCAGGCCCAACAGCAUGAUCCUGCAUCCUUUGCCCCAGGUUCAAGAGCUCCAGUAUCUGUGGGUCCAUUGGAUCAGUCAGCAUUGAACUACUCAGGAAACACAGUACCAGCAGUGUUUGCCAUACCAGCAGCAAACCGACCUGGAUUCACAGGCUAUUUCAUCCCAACACCACCCACAGCAUACAGGAACCAAGCCUGGAUGCCCUAUGCUGGAGAUAAUGAAUUACCAGGGCAAUGGGCAGAUUCGGUUCCACUCCCUGGUUACAUAGAGGCUUAUCCACGAUCACGCUACCAACAUAACUCUCCUUCAAGACUUCCCCGCCAGUACAGUCAGCCAGCAAACAUGCAUCCUAGUCUGGAACAGGCUCCGUUGCCUUCUACUGCAGCUUCUCAGCAUAGCCUCUCAGAAAAUGACCCUUCUGACACACCUCUUACCAACAUUUCUACAGCUGCUCUAGUGAAGGCAAUAAGAGAGGAGGUUGCUAAACUGGCCAAGAAACAAACAGACAUGUUUGAGUUCCAGGUCUAAUACCUUUGUGCACAGUGUUUGUAUCACAUACCUUGUUGUAGCCAAGGAAGUAAGUCUUAAUUUUCAGUUAAAAACUUGCUCCAACUUGUGCCAAAGUGAUGGCAUUUUUCUCCUGAAAGAUUAACACUAGGUUAUUGGGAAAUGGAAUGAAAUAGAACAAGAGGACUUGAAGAUACAGACUCUGUUUGUUUGCUGGAUAAGGGAAAUACUGAUAAGUUCUAUUUAUGAUAUGCAAUUGUUUGUCACUUAGCUCUUGUCCUAUGAGCCCUUUGUCACUAGGAUGCUAUUAAACAUAUGUCUGUGUAAUACUACAGUCUAUUAAGAAUCAGGGGCACAAAAGUAGAACUGUCUAAAAUAACUUCUGCAUGUCAAUUUUAUUUCUGUGAUUAAAGAAGAAAAUACAGUAGUACUGAGUAAACUAAAGGCCAUAAAUCUUCUAUGGUAGAGAUCAUAUUAAUAGUUCAUUACAAAAUAAUCAGGGCUGAAUGCAGUAAAGCAAUGUCAGUCCUUUCCUUCUAGAAACCACAUUCAAACCACAAGAAUUUGAUGUGAAUAAGUAAUAUAAACAAUGUACCCUGUAAAUAGUCCCAGCUCUCAUCCUAUUAAGAUUACAAAGGCCAGAAAGAAGAGAAGACUGUGAAGAGAGUUAAUUGUAUUGGGGUAAUUGGUGGCUUCAGUGUUCACUAAUGCCACUGUUGAGUUACAGAGAAUGUGUUUGCAAUAUUAAGAGAGCCUGUGCUGCACGAUGGGAAGGAAGAUUAACAAAGGAGGUGGGUGCUAAAAGCUUUCAGAAACCCACAAAUGAAAAAUGGUUAUUUGAGUUUUGUCCUACAUUCAAGAGGUAUUCAUUCUGAAUGCAUUGUGAAGCUGGUAAAUUUGAGAACCUUGAGCAAAUCUAUCCAGCCUGGAAUAAUGAAUACACCUGCUUUGACAAGAAGACCUCUAUUUAACAUAGUGCUUUGUACUCUUUCUUGAACAAUGACAUCUAGUAAAGUGAUGCCAGAGAAUGCUACCUGAAGCUGUGAUUGACUUUGAUUACACUGGAGCAAUGAAUACACGAACUCUAGAAUUCUCAGUCUCUGUAGGAAAUUCUGAAUGUAGAGGACCUGCUGAUUACAUUAAAGUGUAAAUAAGUAAACAAGUAUGUGGAUUUAACAAAAUAUUAUUGUUCUGUGAAAAAGAGGGGUAUUUGCUGAACCUACAAUGACUGUAGACUACUCAAGAUAAAGGUUAUACUGCACUGUUAUAUGAAUCCGACCUCCACAAAAACCUAAACAGCUGAAUUUGACAGUAUUCAUCUUUUGCAAUCUCACACAAAAUAGUUAGGAGAUUAUGCAAAAUACUUCCAGUUCCUUCAGUAAUAAUUUAGCUUUGGGAACUGAAGUUGCUUAUGGGAUGCUGUGUUCUGGACAUGUUUGGCUAGUGAAGUUAAAGGUAAUGUUGUUCAUCCUGUUAAUUUAUUCAGCUUCAGAUGCAUAUGCUAUUUUAUCUGGACAUUCCAUUUUCGUAAUGAGUUUCUUUGGUCUUUACUGAGGUGAGAAUGGGAGCUUGGUUUAGCUUUAUGGCCAUUUGAAAAAAAACUGACUGGACAGGAAAA